AUGCCACUACCAGCAUCCAAUAAGGUUCAGCGGGUUUCAUCAGGCCCUACUUCUGUCUCCCCCGAUGCCAUGUCGUCUACCACCACCAGCAUCGGAGCACGUCGAUCGGAGUCGAGCCCACCAUCCGAACAGAGAACUCUUGUCGGUGGGUUCUUUGAGAGAGUCCAUUCUCUUACUAGAUCACGCUGUCGUCGUCUGUCGCUUUCGGGUCCGUCCUCAUUGCACCGCCAGGAGCAAGAUCAAGAUGUCUCUGUCACGAUCGGUUCUCAUGGAUCUCACGAAACAGGAACCGGCCCGGUUGCCACUGCUACUGUGGUUAAGGAUAUCUCGUUCAUAGGAGGCCUCUGUCUCUUGAUCUGCAACACGACUGGACCAGGCGCCGUUUCGCUUCCCUUGAUAGCCCAGAGUGCCGGUUGGGUCCCGACCGUCAUUGGAUUUGCACUCGUCGGCGUCCUGAGCUAUCUGAGCUGCAUGUUUGUUUGCGAGGCCAUGACAGAGGUUCCGGGCAACGAACGUCACCAGGCAAAUAUCGAGUUCUCCAACAUGGUUGUGUGCUUUUUUGGACGACGAUACCAGGCGGUGGUCCAGAUCAUCUGCUUCCUCGCGCUGCAGACGACCAUCAUUGCGUCGAUUGCCAUCUGUGCCCAGCUCUUUGACAAUCUCUUGAUCCAGAUCGCCCAUCGGACCUGUGGCAUUCAGGUGUACCCGAACGCUGCCUUUGUCUGUGUCAGCGAGCAGCUCCCCGCUGCCAGCCCCUUUUCCGGAAACUUAAUCACAAGCACAGGAGCACUGGUGGCGAUGAUACUGAUCGUACCCCUCUGUCUGCUCAACCUGAGCGAGAACAUUUGGCUCCAAGUUGGGUCCAGCAUGGUGAUCAUGUUGAUCUUUGUCCAGUGGAUCGUCACCUUUUUCCAGCGUGGUCUCGAUACGUCACGCGUCCCUGCGGUGGGGGCCGACUUAUCACAGACGUUUGGGUCGAUCCUGUUCAACUAUGCGUUCAUCACUGCAAUCCCGUCCUGGGCGAACGCCAAGCAGAGUCAUGUCUCCGCCCACAAAACUGUUGGCACCGAUGUCACGCUGAUGACGACCCUGUUUGCCCUGGUGUCGGUGCUUGGCGGGAUGGCGUAUGCGAUUCCGGAGAACUCGACCAUGAUCCAGGCGAUCACCUCCUCUCCGGGUGUCACGACCUUGUCACAGAUUGCGGGCUACACUUUUCCGAUUGCGGCGCUGGUGACAUCGAUACCGAUCAACAUGAUUGUCCUGCGGUACAAUCUGAUCCAGUCCAAGACGUGUCGCAAGGCCUGGGCGAACGUGAUAACGGGUGGGUUGCCCUGGUUGGUGGCGAUCCCCUGUAUGACUGGAUCUGGAUUGACCACCGUGGUUGGGUGGAGUUCGUUGUUUUUGGUGUCGUCGGCGAACUUUGUCAUUCCUUUUUUGCUUUACAUCUACUCGAAAAAGUACAAGGCGAGAUUGAUGGCCAUGACGCCUGCGGACCGCGCUAUUCAGGAACGGCUGGACAAGGAGUUGUGUGGUACUUUGACGGCGGAGGAGGCUGCAGAGGUUGUAAAGCUUUCUUCAGAGUGUGAGGUUGGGCAUUCUGAGCAGUCUUCUGAGAUUACUCAAAGCGAAAAUGGCGACGAUGAGCUUGUUAAUGGACGUGGUGUAAACACGGACAUGGAAAUGGAAAAGCAUGGAGAGGGUCACGGUGCCGUUGUUGUCGCCGUUGAUUCUUUGGAGUGCGAUUCUCAUGAUACCAAGCACUUGCAGUCGCCAGAUGGUCAAAGCGGAUCUCGGGAUAUCUGGAGCGAGAAGGCCUCAGGGGAGAAUCUCGAUGCCAAUGGUGGCGCCUAUAAUAAGAGUUUCGCCGAGUCUGCUCGAUCUGGCAGCGCAGAUUCCAAGACCAGUCUUCAGGAUUUGUCUUCAUCCAAGGAGGCAGUGAUCAACUCGAGCGAGACUUCGAUUACGGUGACAGGAAUGGACUGUGAGGUCAAGUCUUCGGAGCUUCGACACCGUACGCUCUACCUCCCAGAGAAUGAUGUCGCCAACAAGACCAAGGACGAGUCAAGUGUAAUGCGUGCGAUUCCCCUAUCGAGUCCUGUUCCGGGAUUAGCGGUCGCCUAUUGCGCUUUGACAGUAUUGUUGAUUGGCAUCAGUGCCACCAUCAUGUAA